GGUAAAUCGAAACCUGUUGGUAUAAAACCUCAUGAAAACCAUCACACCAUCAGUAACUUACCACCAGUUUUGGAACGUAUCCGCCAAUAUUUGACAGCUACAUUUUUUUACAAUGGGAUUUAAAUUAAGCUUUGGCAUCGCGGUUUUCUGCCUAAUUUGUUUUUUAGAAACGCAAGGGUCUUUUAUUAAGGCGAAGAACAUUCCAAGGGUCGGGAGAAGCAACGAGGCCGAUGGGCCUUUUGACCAGGGGGCAAUGGGUUACGUUAUCAAGACAAUUCCGGCGAAAAACAUACCGCGCAUGGGCAGGAGGAAUUACGAUUCGCAAAAUCGCUAUGAUAUCCCGAAAUUUUAUGAAGCGCCUGCAGAAAACUUGGAAUUAUUUGGAGAUGACGGUCAACCUGGAUUCAACCAAGAGCAAAUAGAGGGUUAUUAUAGCAACCAGCUGGAAAAUAUGAAGAAAUAAGAAACAGAAAUGCUCGACUUGGCUGGGGCACUACCG